GGAAGGCUCAGGGCUCAGGAGCACCCUGAGACCCCCCAUAACCCCAGCCACAGCAGGGAUGAGCUCCUGCCCCCCCCCAGUGAUCCCCAGGGCCUGAGGGGCAAUGGUCUGAGGGCCUGGGGGCCCCAUCUGCCCAGCCCUGCCCCCAUGUUUGCUCCCCCCUCCAUGUCCCCGUGGCCCACCGCACCUUCUCAGCAGCCCCUGCUGUGCCCCUGCGGACAGGGGUAACGCCUUGGGGGGUCCCCAAAGCUUGGGGAGGGUUGAGAAGGAACACACAUCUCUGGGGGGCCUGGGUGAUGGCUGUGCUCGGGACUUGCACUGGUGGGUGGGCAAGGGCGGGCACAGGUGGACACAGUUUUAACAGAUGUCACAUACACAAGUGUCACACUGGUGUCACACACAGCUACAGACACAGUAUGUGAUUUCUAUUGUGCCUAACAUAUUCUAAAAGGCAAUACACAUUUUUAGGUUAACUAUAUCCUUAAUCAGUUAAAUCCUAAACCCUCUAGACCCUCUGUCUCAAUACCACACACACACACUCACACAUGUAUCACACACAGAAGCCCAGAACAGUCUGAGUGGCAGGAGCCCUGUAGUGAUGAUCCAGCCUAACCCCUGCCCAUGCAGGGUGGCCUGGAGCAGAUGACACUUGCUCAGGUGGGUUGGGAUGUCUCUGGAGGGACACCGUGCACCCUCCCCAGGCAGCUGUCCCAGGGCUUACCCCUUCCAUGAUGGACGGAAUUUCUGCCUCAUGCUGAGCUCAAGGCCUGACUCCUUGUUCUGUCUCGCUAGGCACCACUGGCACUGUCCUCAAACCUGGGGGAGAUGGUGGGGAUUGGUGGGAGAUGGUGAGGAUUGGGAUCCCCUGUCAGAUAUUUGUAUGGAUUGGUGCAGUCCCCUCAGGUGAGAGCUUUGUGGAGACACGUGAGCAGCAGUCCAAAGCUGCACAUGGACCCAGGAGCUCUGGCAGCCAGUCAGGCACAGAGGGGGCAUUGCCAGGAGCAGAGUGGGAGGUCAGAGUGGCUCCAGACAGUGCAGGUGACCCAGAAAGGGGACACAGAGCAGCAGCAGGGCACGGCAUGGCAGUUCAGCAGGGUGUGUAGGAGAGCACAGUAACCCUCCUGACUCUGGAGGUGAGCUCACCUCAGGUGGAGAUUGUUUUUUUCACGUGUCCAACUUGAUUAGACCCAGCAGUAGUUUACACACUGACAAAAGCCAUUGCUGGCAGGAGCGUGGAGACCCAGACAGAGAACAUGGAGAAACACACAGCUGUCCAGGUCUCUGCCUGCAGGGAGUGUCUGAGCCUACAGUUACUACUGGAGGACAGUGGAAACAACUCUGCAUGUGGUGUAAACAGGUGGAGGAUCUUAAAGAGGAGGUGGAGAGGCUGAGGAUUAUCAGGGAGUGCAAAGCAGAAACAGACCAGUGGAGUUGCACCCUUCCAUCCAGGAGAGAAAUGCACUGCAUGAAAGCCUUCUCCAGACUAAGCAGGCCAAGCUCCUGCAGUCUCUCCUCAUCACAGGCAUUCUCCAGACCCUGAAUCAUCUUUGUGGCCUCCUUGACCCUCUCCAGCAGUUCCUUGUCUUUCCUGACUGAGCUGUGGAGCCCAGAACUGAAUACAGCAGUUCAGGUGUGACCUCACCUGGGCAGGACAGAGGGGCAGGAUCACCCCCCUGACCUGCUGGCCAUACUCCAUCCAACACCCCUGUGAUGUCCCAUCCAGAGGAGAAGGGAGAACCUGGGAUCACAUAUGUGCAGGAAGAAUUUAAUGUUUUUGAUAAUGACAAGGAUGAAGGGAUGGAGGGCACCCUCAGCAGGUUUGCAGGUGACACCAAGGUGAGUGGGGCAGGUCUCUCCCUGAGGGAUCUGGACAGGCUCAAGUGGUGGCCCAUGGGAACCUCAUGAGGUUUGACAAGAUCAAGUGCAGAUGCUGCGCCUGGGGCAACCUUUGGAAUCAAUCCAGACUUGGGAUGAGCAGAUGGAGGAGCUCUGGGAGAAGGACUUGGGGGUGCUGGUGGAUGGGGGGCUGGAUCCAACCCAGCCCAGAACCCCCUGUCCUGGGUUCAUCCCAAAGCAUGGGCAGCAGGAAAUUCUCUUGGAUUGUGUUGUGUGAGGGAAAAAUGUAGGUGAACUAGCAGAGCACUGCUGUUUUACAGUAAAGAUCACCACAUUUAAAAUGUUCACUCAGGGUGGGAAGAAGGGCAUGACAGGCUGAGAGAGUUCCAGCUGGUCAGCCUGGAGAACAGCUGGUUCCAGGGAGACUUUGAUGCCCCUUCCAGUACUUAAAGGGGGCUUAGAAGAAGGCUGGAGGGGUACUUUGGACAAGAGCAUGUAGUGAUAGGACAAGAAGAAUGGCCCUAAGCUGAAGGUGAGCAGAUUUAGAUUAGGUGUUGGGAAGGAAUUUCUGACUGUGAGGGUGGGCAGGCCCUGGCAGAGGUUGCCCUGAGAAGCUGUGGCUGCCCCUGUCCAAGGCCAGGCUGGACGGAGCUUGGAGCAGCCUGGGCCAGUGGAAGGUGGCCCUGCCCAUGACGGGGACGGCACUGGGUGGUCAUUAAAAGUCCCUUCCACCCAGACCAUUCCAUGUCUCUAUGACUGUGCUGCCGCUCCCUGCCAUGCCCAGCACACAGAACCAGCCCCUCUGUGACAGCGGCUCUGGGCCGGGGGCACUGUGAGCACCACAAAGGCUGUGGGUGCUGUGGCGGUGGCUGCACUGGAGUUGACACCUCGGUUCUGGCUGCUGCCACCUGCACUGGCACCAAUGGCUUUUCUGUGGGUUCUCAUCCUGCUGGCCCUGGCCUGGCCCGUGGGAGGCACCUGGGACACCUGCAGGUCAGUGGCCCCAGGCUCUGUGAGGGGGCUGGAGGAACACUUGGGGACUUCCCUGGCGUAACUCGGGGGACAGAUACCCUUUGGGGCUCUCUGGCCCUGCUGUCCCUGAGCUGAACAGUGAUGGCUUUGUGCUUCCAGCGGGACCUGUGGGCUCCGGCCCAUGGCUUCUGACCACAGCUCUGCAGUUCUCAACUAUGGCUCCGUGGCUUCUGCUGCUGGCACGUCCCAUGUCAUGGGUGGCACCAGUGUCCAGCCAGGGGCCUGGCCUGGCAUUGUCAGCAUCCAGGCCACCUGGGCGAACGGCACGUGGCACAUGUGCACCGGUGUCCUCCUCAGCUCCCAGUGGGUCCUCACGGUCGCACACUGCUUCGCCAGGGGCGGGGACAUCUCCACGUGGGAGGUGGUGUUGGGGGCCAUAGAUCUGAGUCAGCUGGGCCCUGAGGCUGCGGUGAGACACAUCCAGAGGCUCCUGGUACACCGGCACUACGUGCCUGCCACGGCGAGGAAUGACAUCGCCCUGCUGGAGCUGGAGCAGCCCGUGGAGUGCAGCGACUACAUCCAGCUGGGCUGCGUGCCCGACGCCUCGCUCAGGGUCUCGGAGCUGAAAUCCUGCUACAUCGCCGGCUGGAACUUUGCCAGAGGUGAGUUCCCAUGCAGGAUGUGCGCCCUGGGGGAGAGCUGGGCAUGCCAGGGACACAGGCUGGGCACCCUGGGGACACGGACUGAGGAGAAAACCCUGGGAUGGGAGAGAGGAGCAAACCCUGGGAUGGGAGGGAGGAGCCAGCCCUGGGGAUGGCAGCAGCCCACCGCAGCCUCUGAGCCUUCUCUCCUGGCACAGGGGGACAGCGGGGGUCCCCUCGUCUGCAAGGACAACAGAGCCGACUACUUCUGGCUUGUGGGAAUGAACAGCUGGGGAAAAGGCUGUGACAGAGCCAGGCACCCCGGGGUCUACACCUCCACUCAGCACUUCUACAACUGGAUCCUGCUCCAGACGGGCCUGAGCCCAGCAGAAAGAGCCGGUCCAGCACCGGAGCCAGUUGUCACCUUGGCCCCUGAGCAGAGUCUGGAACCAGAGGAAGCAGAGGAAGCAGAGGAAGCAGAGGAACACAUCCGCUUGACCCCCGAGUACAGCCAGCGACCAGUGGUGACAUCCUCGGGCACAUCACUGCCUGUGGUGUUCCCUCACCAGAUCCUGGUGCAAUUCUGGAAUCUGCUGCAGGAGUUCCUGCAGUUUCUGAAGGACAAAGAAGCUUGAGCAGCAACAGGAUGAGCAGGACCCAGGGCUACAGUGGACCACAGCAUUUCCUGCCAGGCCAAAGGUAGCCUUGGGCCAGAGGCUUCUCUGUCCUGCCCACGCUGCUCUGCUGCGGCCACACCGAUGCUGACGUGACUGAAGUGUUGAAGUAAAGUUUCUGUGUUCAUUAUUAA